AUAAAACAUUGCGAGCAGAUUUAUUUUGCGAUUGAGGCACCCCGCCAUCAAAUUAUAUCUUGUCGCAUAACCUCAAGAGUAAAUUCGAGAAAGAGCUAGAGAUAGGGAGCGCAAAGGAUAGAAUAUAAUAGGAAAAAAGAAAGAAAACGAUAUGGCUUCUUCACAAUCAAAUGUAGGAAAUGGAGUAUACUCACCUGGUAAGCUGUCCCAUCCACCCUCAUUCAAUUCAUACUCCUCUGUUCAAAAUACCCAGUCUUGACUUUCGCAUAUGCUCUUCCCUCACCCAUUCAAUUCAUAAUACUAAUUUCGUCCCUUCAGAACUCCGCCUCCGCCACUUCCAACGUAGCAUAAACCUCUCCAUCUUCCUCUGGCCUUCCCUAACCCUCGCCGUAACCUCUUCCUGGGGCGGCCCCGAAUCCACCUCCAAACGCGAAUGGCUAGCCGCAACCCUCAUCGAUCUUCUCUCCGACCCUGAAAACCACGACGUAGACGCUGGCUGGGUUGAAGAAUUCCUUUUAAACGUAAUGGAAGAUGAAUUUGAGGUAGUAGUUGAUGAUGGAAGCGCGUUGGAAGUAGCAAAUGGUAUAAUUAAAUGUAGAGGGGAAUGUGAGAGGGGAGUCUGGGGAGAAGAGACCAGUUUAUGUGCGAGAUUAGAAAAAAAGUGGGAGGAGAAAGGAGGGAAGAGUGAGGAGUUGGCAAAUUUUAAGAAGGGAGCCGAUCAGGAGGAUACGGAUGGGGAUGAUGAGAGUGGAGAUGAGGAGGAUGAAGAAGGAGAUGUGGAAAUGGAUGAGGCGCCGCAGUUGGUGAGGGUUAAGGAGCCGGUUGUACCGGAGGUGGAUGAGGAUGGAUUUACGAAGGUUGUUAAGAAGAGGAGAUGAGAGGUACAUGGGCUACAGCAAGCUGAGAGGAGCUGCGAGGAUUCGAACAGAGAGGAUAUAAUAAAUGGCGAAGAAGAUUUGGCAAAAGAAAUGGAUAAGAUCGCAAGUUUGGCAUGGCAGGUGUUAAAAGAGCCAACCGUACGACAUGUGUGUACGAUUACGAGAAUGGAGGAUUUCAGGGAAAUCAUCUCGGAGGUCAUGUCAAUUCUAUAUACAUGACCUGACGUCUCCGAUGGAGAUUGAGCACGAAUCUCAACACCAAAUGAGGAGAUUUUGACGGCAAAAUCACUGGGAAAAUAAUACACUACCAAACCCAUCUAUUUGGUAUCUAUAAAGAUUUCCAGGAGACGAUAGGUUCCUUGUAUAGAUGUCACUACUAAAAGCGCCUAACAUAAUAAAAAUACAUAGAAAGAAACC